AUGGCAGAUGAUAAAAAAUUGUUGGCUGAGUUCGAAAUAAUCAGCUUGGAUGACAUUGUAGUUGUUCAAGAUUCUGAAGGAACAGCACAAACAGAACCACAAGAAAAACCCCAAAAUAAAAACGAAAUAGAAAUUGCUCGUGAAAAACUUGCUGAAAAACUCAAAAUUCUGAAGGAAAAACAGAAAGAACAGAAGCUGGAAAGAGAGCAGAUCAAGAGAGAUGUAGAUGAGUUGAAACGGUCGAAUGAGGAAAGAAGAAGGAGAGAAGAUGAGAAUAGGAAAGUUUCAGCCAAACAGGAAAAGGGUGUUGAACACGGAGAAGAGGCGAAGAGCACAAUUGAAGCGAAACAUGCAAAAUUUGAAGACUAUGAGAAGGCUCGACGAGCUGAAUUCGAGAAGUAUUUGAGGAGAUACAGAGAAAAUCAUCAGAAUCCAGAACUGAAGAGAAGUCAAACAUCUAGUCUGUCUAGAGGAAACAGCAAAACAGGGACUUCUGGUGAAACAUCUAAAACUUCCAAACUGGGAAAACCCAAUCGCAGAGUCAGAAGAGUUCAAUCAGAACGUGUUUGGGAGAAAAAGCGAAUGCAGCAGUGUGAAGAAAGGGAAGCAAACAAUCAGACUUUGGAAGAAUGA